UGCGCGUCCCCCCCGCUCCACAGCCUCCUCCUCCUCCUCCUUCUCCUCAGCGACGGCCACCAUCUUCCCCGCGCUGCCUGAGGGAGCGCAGGUCGGGCGGAGCCGGGGUUGAAAGACACACAGAAGUCUUCAUGGAUAUAGUUGAUACAUUUAACCAUUUAAUUCCUACUGAACACUUAGAUGAUGCCCUAUUUCUAGGAUCCAACCUGGAGAAUGAAGUCUGUGAGGAUUUUAGUACAAGUCAAAAUGUCUUAGAGGACUCGCUGAAGAACAUGCUCAGCGAUAAGGAUCCUAUGCUAGGAUCUGCGAGUAACCAGUUCUGUUUGCCUGUUUUGGAUAGCAAUGAUCCCAAUUUCCAGAUGCCUUGUUCAACAGUUGCAGGUCUCGAUGACAUUAUGGAUGAAGGAGUGGUAAAAGAAAGUGGUAAUGAUACCAUUGAUGAGGAAGAACUUAUUUUACCGAAUAGGGAGAGAUUGGAAGAGACAUCAGUCACAUCGCCAAGAAAAUCUCCUCGUUUAAUGGCACAAGAACAAGUACGGAGUUUGCGACAAAGCACUCUAGCCAAGCGGCCAAAUGCAGCACCUUCAAGUAACGCAAAGAAAGCCGCUGUGAAGACUGUGCCUGCACAAAAAACUGGAGCGAAACAGCCGGACAAAUGCCAGAAUGAGGAGGAAGAAGUUAGUGCUCCACUGAAAACAGAGCCUCAGAAAGAAGUGAGGAGGAGUAGCCGACGAAUUGGGCAAACCGAUGAAGUAACAGAAGGGUCACUGGCUUCCUCAGGUCAUUCAACACUGACUGCUGGUUCGGAAUCAAAGGAUGACGCAAAGCUAGAAACUGAGAAUCGGCGAGAUAAUCAGGGAGAAAUGGAUGUUGCAUCUCAUGAAUUAAGUAGUCCAUCUUCCUGUUCUGCAGCUGAAGAAAGGAAAAGUGAGGCUCUGAUGGGAAUUGAAGUUGCGAGCGGUAGUCCAAAGCUUUGUAAACUUGCACAUAGAGAAAGCAAUGAACUGAAUGAACCUGAGGUUGAUGAAACGAGCGUAAAAGGAAGCACUGGACAUAGGUCGGAGGAACUGGUAAAACCACCCAGAGGAGAUGACCAAAGUAAUGUAGCUGCGGGAGCUGCUGCUUCAGCUGAUGAUGGUGCUUGUGCAGGUUCAAAUAAAACAGAAGGCAACCCUGAAGUUUUAUCCAGUUCUAUGGAUGAGGUUAUUGAAUGUAAUUCAGGAUCACAGACUGCUGUGGAAGUUGCUGAUAAAAACAUAGCAUCGCUUCAAGGACAAAAAAUGGAACCUCCAGCCGAUUCAGAUUUGCCUAACAAGCAUUUGGCUCCCACAGAACUUAAUAACGUAGACCUAAAGACCACAGAUGCUACCGCUGCUGAGUCAGAGAGCAAUAUUUUAGAAAAUAGUGUUCAUGAACCUACUGACCAGAAUCUGCAACAAGUUGAUCCUGUUAAGAGGGGAAGCCAAGAAAUAAAACUGCAGGACGAUGUAAACAGGCAGUCAAGUGGUGCUUCUUCUGCAGUAGGUUCUAAAAACGUGAGAUCCAAAAAUAGUAAACUUGUACAACAGUCUAAGCAAGAUAUAGCCAUAGGUUCUCGGAAAAAAAUAGUGACAGUAAAAGAAGUAAUGCAUAGCAAAACUAGACCUAGUGUUAAACAUAUGUCAGGUGUUCACAAAGAAACUUCAGUCAAUUUGAAAAGGAAUGCUGAUGAACCGGGAUGUCAGCAAGCUUUUCAUAAACCAGUUAAAGUGAGAAAAAAACACGGUGAUAAAGAUGUGAAGUCACAUGGCGGUGGCCCAGGGAUCAAAUCUCUGAAAAGUCAGAGUUCUACAGUGUUAAAAAAGGGACAACAGACUCAAAAUCCAGUUCUGACACAGAAACCGUUAACUCACUCUGUCGGUGACAAAGCUCAUGCCCAUCUGAGUUGCUCUAAAGACCUUCAGCAGCCAACUUCUGCACAUUUACCACAUUCCAGUCAGAAACAAGGCCACAGACAGCAACAGCAGCAAGGGACUGCGUCAAGAGCAAAUAGUCACAUAAAGGAGGAGGUGGAAUUGAAAGAUUCUUUAGGUGUAGAACACUUGAAGGAGGAUGACAAACUGAAACUAAAAAAAACCGAGAAGAAUGUUCAGCCCCGCCAAAGAAGAAGUAGCAGAAGUUUUUCUCUGGAUGAGCCUCCCUUGUUCAUUCCAGAUAAUAUUGCUUCUGUAAAACGGGAAGGCUCAGAACAUGUGUCCUCAUGUGAAAGCAAAUAUGUUUGGGCUCCAAGCAAGCAGUGUGGGUUUUGCAAAAAACCCCAUGGCAACAGGGAUAAAAUGAAAACUAACCUGAAAACCGUGAAAGUUCUUAAGGAUGUGCUAUUACACAAGUGGUUCCAGUCAACACAUGAACCAAAGUUCAUGGUUGGUUGUGGAAGGUGCGAUGACUGGUUUCAUGGAGACUGCGUUGGAUUAAGCCUUUCUCAAGCACAGCAAAUGGGAGAAGAAGAUAAGGAGUAUGUGUGUGUGAAAUGUUGUGCUGAAGAAGACAAGAAGAGUGAACCUACUGAACCAGAUAUUUUAGAAAAUCAGACUAAGGUUGAAGUUCAAAGAGAAACUAAAAUAAUGGAAUUUGAAAAGCCGGGGCUAUCAAAGCCAGGUAUUACCAAUAUUUCAGGAGUGGCCAGUGAAAAGACAAAGCAGGCGGACGAUGCAGUGAAGCACAAAGUCAAAAUUUUAAGACGGGAAUCUAGCGAUAGUAAAAAUUCACCGGACAGUAGAGAUUCUGAGAUAAAAAAAUGGCAGCUAGCGCCUUUACGGAAAGUGGGUCAACCAGCUUUACCUCGAAGAGCCUCAGAUGAGAGAAAUGAAAAGGCAACAAAAGACUCUCCAACUGGCUGCUGUCCUGGAGAGAAAUCUACAAAAUCAGGUGGACCUGAGAAACAAGAGGUAAAAAAGAAGAAAGCUGAGAAAGGAGGAUUAUCAAAUGUGCCUCCACCAGCUCCUCCUGCUCCCAAACCUUCUGCUGAUCAGAUCAGGCAAAGCGUUAAGCAUUCCCUCAAAGACAUUCUCAUGAAAAGACUUACGGACUCCAAUUUGAAGAUACCAGAGGAACGGGCUUCGAAGGUUGCAAUGAAGAUCGAAAAAGAACUGUUUUCUUUUUUUCGGGAUACUGAUGCCAAGUAUAAGAACAAAUAUAGGAGUCUGAUGUUCAAUCUGAAGGAUCCUAAAAACAAUAUAUUAUUCAAGAAAGUGCUGAAGGGCGAGGUGACACCUGAUCACCUCAUCAGGAUGAGUCCUGAAGAACUGGCUUCUAAAGAGUUAGCCGCUUGGAGACGAAGGGAAAACAGACAUACAAUAGAGAUGAUAGAGAAAGAACAAAGGGAAGUGGAAAGGCGACCCAUCACUAAAAUUACUCACAAAGGAGAAAUAGAAAUUGAAAGUGAUGCUCCAAUGAAAGAACAAGAAGAAGCAAUGGAAAUUCAGGACCCCACAGCUGCUAAGUCAAUGGAGAAGGCUGAAGAAUUUGAAAAAGAAAAAGAAGAGUCUGACUCUCUGUCAAAAGAUACCACAAGCCAGCACAAAAAGCACCUUUUUGACCUCAACUGCAAAAUUUGCAUAGGUCGAAUGGCCCCUCCAGCGGAUGAUCUGACUCAAAAAAAAGUCAAAGUGGCCGUUGGAGUAGUACGCAAACAGUCAGACAAUGAAGCAGAAAAUAUUGCUGAUGCCCUGUCUUCAACAUCCAAUAUUUUGGCCUCAGAUUUAUUUGAAGAAGAGAAGCAGGAGUCUCCUAAGUCAACAUUUUCUCCAGCUCCUCGGCCAGAAAUGCCUGGUGCUGUUGAAGUCGAAUCUACGUUCCUUGCUCGAUUAAACUUCAUCUGGAAAGGUUUUAUCAACAUGCCUUCGGUUGCAAAGUUUGUAAUCAAAGCCUAUCCUGUGUCUGGUUCUCCUGAAUAUUUAACAGAGGAUUUGCCAGAUAGUAUCCAAGUAGGUGGCAGAAUAUCUCCUCAGACAGUUUGGGAUUAUGUAGAAAAAAUAAAGGCUUCGGGAACUAAGGACAUCUGUGUGGUUCGCUUCACACCCGUAACAGAAGAAGAUCAAAUUUCGUAUACUCUGCUGUUUGCAUACUUCAGUAGCCGAAAGCGCUAUGGUGUAGCUGCUAACAACAUGAAGCAAGUUAAAGAUAUGUACCUGAUUCCUUUGGGUGCCUCCGAUAAGAUUCCGCAUCCUCUUGUGCCUUUUGAUGGACCUGGACUUGAACUGCACAGGCCUAAUCUGUUGUUGGGUUUGAUAAUUCGUCAGAAAACAAAAAGGCAGUUUAGUGCUAGCAGCACUUCAACUAGCACAAGCCUUGUGGAUGAAGUUCCUGAAAGUCCCUCAAUAAACCUGCCACCUGAUAAAAAAAUUAAAAUAGAAAUUUCUAAUGAAGAGGAACUCGAGGAAGAAAAUGACUUUUUUAAUUCUUUCACAACCGUAUUACACAAACAGAGAAACAAGCCUCAGCAGCCCCCGGCAGAAGAGAUUCCAGUAGUAAUUGAACCCGUGGUGGAAUUGAUCAAACAAGAGGCUUCCAAACCACUACGGUUUCUCCCUGGAGUGUUAGUUGGUUGGGAAAACCAACCAUCUACUUUGGAAUUAGCAAAUAAACCACUGCCAGUGGAUGACAUACUUCAGAGCCUCCUGGGAUCUACUGGCCAAACAUGUGAGAAGGAUCAUCCAGGGCCAGAAAAAUGCACUACUGAAGAAAUCCCCUUGAUAGACGAACAAGCAAGUUUAAAAGAGGAGAAGGCAGAGCAUAUGGAAGUUACCGUGGACGAAGCUAAAGAAAUAAAGCAAAACGAAGAUGACCCACCAGCACCCAAAGAGAAUUCAGCAGAAGUAGAAGAUGUGGUAGUUGAACCCGCUUCCCAGACUCCAGGAUCUUUGCCUAGUCUCAGUCUCAAAGGAAAGCCACCAGAUGUUUCUACCGAAGCAUUUUUAGCUAAUCUGUCUAUGCAGUCCCAGCAGGAAGAGCCUGGGGAAUGUAAAGAGAAAGCACAAAAGGGGCUGGGGCAAGAUCAAGAGAACUCUUCCCAAGAACAUAGGACCUCAACUUCUAGUUCUCCAGUAAAAGGAAACACCGACCCGGGUGCUACCGAGAGCACGUCUAGCAGUACAUCGCGAUCUCCCCAGUUCAUUAAUCUGAAAAGGGACCCAAGACAAGCAGUUGGACGCACUCAACCGCUAAGUACUGGAGACAGCAAAGAUGGGGACGGGAGCGGCAACGAAGAAAAACAAACCGUUCCAGGCCCAGCCCCAGACAAGGAAUCCCCCGGAGUGCUAGAAGCGGAAGAGAAGGAGCCUGAAGUGAAACAGACCCCUGUUGAAAAAGAUCCCCCCUCGCAGCAGAGCGAUAGUUCAAAGGGAGAAGGGCAAGAGACUUCCGCUACCACAGAAAGUGCGUCCGCCUCACAGACAGAGGAUCCGAAACAAGGACAGGACAACGCCGUGAUGCAAAAUAUUGAAACCGUACACUCGUUUCGAAGGGGACUCACAGCUAUAACUUCAUCUCAUUUUGAAGGAGGAAACGCCCCUCAGCCGGAAUUCACUCCCCCAAGCACCAGCCCUGGAGCCGGCGGCAACUUUCUACCCAUCAGGCCCCAGCAGCACAACUUUCCGCACCCCAAGCCUGGUCUCCCUGGCUUUCCAUUUCAAGGACCUCCUAGUUUCCCCCCCCAGAGCAUGUUUGGAUUCCCACCCCAUUUACCACCUCCGCUCCUUCCUCCUCCGGGCUUUGCCUUUGCUCAGAAUCCCAUGAUGCCCUGGCCACCUGUGGUUCACUUGCCCGGUCAGCCUCCUCAUUUUCUGGGUCCUCUUGCACAAGGGUCGCGCUACGUAGGCCCCCAAAACUUUUACCCGAGUAAAGACAAUCGCAGACCAGAAAGGCGUCAUAGCGACCCUUGGGGCAGGCAUGAACCGCAACAGUUGGAGAGGUCGUUUUCUAGGGUGAGAGCUGACCAACACAGACAGAGGUUCUAUAGUGAUUCCCACCACCUAAAGAAAGAGAGGCAUGACAAGGAAUGGGAGCAGGAUGAAAGGCAUAGACGGAGAGACAGGAAUCAAGAAAAAGAGCGAGACAGGAAAAGCCGGGAGGAAGGGCACAAAGACAAGGAGAGGGGACGACUGUCUCACCGGGAGAGGAGUUCGGAUAGAAAAUCGAGCAGAGACAGGAGUUCAGAAAAGAAAUCCGAUAGGUCUAGAAGCGAAGACCACGACAGAGACAAAGAUCGAGACAAAAGUAGGCACAGAGACAGUGAAAAGGACAGAGACCGGCACCACAAAGAUAGGGACCACACUGACAGAGGUAAAAGCAAAAGGUAAAAUGCAGGUGGAUUCAAGCAUGCAUUUAAUGAGCUAAGGCGGUGUUUCAUCUUAAAACCGUGUUAAGAUUGCCUGCAAGGAUUGUGCCAUUUUUUUUUUUUUAAAUUCAGUGUUGGGGUUUUGCAGAAACAAGUCGGUGUUUUGGUACAGAGUUUUGGGUACCAAUGCUCAUCUUCCUUUUCAUUCUACCAACAAACUCUAAGUGUAGGAAUUUACUAUUUUUCAGAAGUUUUACAUUGCUGUAUAUUCCAGGAUUUCUUUUUAUUAAUAUGCAAUAAAGGCCUAGAAAUUUAGUUUUCUUUCUGAAUUGGUAAAUUUGGUGAAAUACAGACUAUUUGGUGCCUCUGGCAAAUGUCCUUUAAGAUGACUAACGUUUAGAGUAAAGUUCUCGCUGAAAUUUUGCUUUUAAAUUGCACUGUUUUUAAAGGAUGACUUUAGAGGAGCUUCAAAGUCCAAACAGUACUUUUAUUAAUCUGAUUUUACUGUAUCAUUUAGCAGAGGGGUUUCUGACCAACAUUUGGAUGCCCAAGCAGACCAUUUUUAUUGCUUUAAUCUGCACUUGUUCAAAACUUUUUAAAAUCUUAUAGUCAAACUACAGUAUUGUAGUAUAUCUUCAUUAUUUUGCUUUCCUUGUUUUCUCUUCAGAAACUUGAAUACUUAAGCUUGUACAUGAUCUUGUGUUUUGCUAUCCUUUUUACUGUAAAAUGUAAAUAUUUUAAGGGAUAUUUUGAUUCUAAAUCUGAUAAAACUUUC